AACACGCACCCACACAGCACCCGAGCAUCUCUCCCUCACUCUCUCUCUCUCUCUCUCUCUCUCUCUCUCUCUCUCUCAAUCUCAACUCUCACCCUCCACUGCUAGAUUGAGAAGACAAGCAAGCAAAAGAGAGGAAGCAGUGACUUUGUCAACCCAAAAAAAAAAAAAAAACAAAAGGGAGUCAUUGAUGACGUGACCAACAUCAUCCAUCCCCUCCGCCCACACUCCAAUCGCCUGGGCCACCAUCCAUCCUUCCAUCCAUCCAUCCAUCCAUUCGAUCUUCCAAACUCGUCGGAGUAUUUACCCAUCAAAUUCCUUUCCCCCUUUCUCUCCGUCCCCAUCUCAACUCUUUCCUCUUUUUCUCUCUGUCCCGGGUGCUUUUGUUCUUCCUUCUCUCGAUUUUCCAAUUUUUGCUCUUUUUUUUUUUCUGAUGGUUCUGAGCUGAUGGGGGCAUUGAUCGAUAGUCGCUCUUCAGCUUGAUGGGUGUGGUCUCUUCUGCUGGAAAGUGAUGAACUUGUUCUGUGGGUAAGAAGCGGAAUCUAGGGUGAGAUUCUGCUGCAACUAGGGUUUACUUUCUCUCUCAUUCCCCCACACCCCACCCCCACCCCUUUUUCUUGUCUUCUUUUUCUUCUUAUUUUCAUCCCUCAUCAGUCCAUCUAUAGUGACAAAAAAAAUCAAUUUUUUAAUUGAAUCGGGGGGUUAGAAAUGGGGAAUGUGAAUGGGAGGGAAGACGGGGUCGGGAGCUUGUCGGGGGUCGAUGAAGAAGGCGGCGGCGUGGGCGGGGACGGCGCUGUUGGUGGGGUUGCCCAGGAUAACAUGGGGGCCGUGCACGAUGAGGCUCACGUUAGCAGCUAUCCUGCUCGGCCCCCUCCUCCCCUUCCCGAGGCGAUGGGUCAGUCCCCUCCUCCGAGCCCAAGAGCAACCCAAUCUCCGCUCAUGUUCACUCCUCAGGUUCCAGUAGCUCCUCUCCAGAGGCCUGAUGAAAUGCAUGUUUCGAGUCAUUCUUGGAUGCAAACUUCUUCAGGAUAUGAUGAGAUGUCUGGGGAGGAAGGAAUCCCAACAAUGAUAACGUGGUGUUAUGGUGGGAAGGAAGUUUCUGUGGAGGGGUCUUGGGAUAAUUGGAGGACUAGGAUGCCCUUGCAGAGAUCGGGCAAAGACUUCACGAUCAUGAAAGUGCUGCCAUCGGGUGUGUACCAGUACAGGUUUAUUGUGGAUGGGCAAUGGAAGUAUGCCCCGGACUUGCCAUGGACCCAGGAUGACGCUGGAGCUGCCUAUAACAUUUUAGACUUGCAGGAUUAUGUUCCUGAAGACCUUGAGAGCAUCUCUGGCUUUGAACCACCCCAGUCUCCGGAGACGAGCUACAACAACCUGUUCCUCGGCUCUGAAGACUACGCGAAGGAACCCCCAAUGGUCCCGCCUCACCUGCAGCUGACCCUGCUGAACUUGCCAUCCCUUCACAUGGAGAUCCCGCCUCCUCUCUCAAGACCUCAGCACGUAGUCCUCAACCAUCUCUACAUGCAGAAGGGGAAGAGCAGCCCUUCUGUGGUAGCCCUUGGCUCUACCAACCGGUUCUUGGCCAAGUACGUGACGGUCGUUCUCUUCAAGUCAUUGCAGAGGUAAAAGAGGAAAAUAAAUGAAAAGGUUUAAAUUAGGGACAGAAACAAAAAAAAGAGGAAGAAGUUAUAGACCUUGUGGAAGUUCUAAACCCUUUUUGUAGUUCGAUAUUACUCCAAAAGCAAGAGCCGGUGAUGCUUUGCCAAUGGCCAGGUUAAGGGAUAUCAAAGAGUUGUGAAGCCUGAAAGUGUUGUAAUUUUUAGGAAGUAUACUUUCCUGAGGAGGGCGUUUACCUGAAUGUUCAGUUACUUCAUUCCCAUCUUUUCACAAACACUUCUUAGUUCUGAUCGUUAUAGUCCUAAGAAUGUGAUCCAUGCAAUGGACAGAAGAAGAUAAUAAACCUUCUUGGUUUUGUUCA